ACAUUCGAGUGGGAUUAUCCGAACCGUGGUGCCGAGUUGACAUGGGACAUGCCUGAAUGUCGUUCCUGUGAAUUAGGAGGCCAGGUUUGUGGUUUGAAGAAUCACAAAAGUUUGAAAAUUCAAUGCUCUGGCUCACAUUUCGGUAGUUCCUCUUCAGGUACUGCAAGAGCUGAAAAGUACGGCUUAAUGAUGGGCUUGGGAAUUCCUCUGCUAUUGCUUACGUUUUAUUUGGGUUACAGAAUGUAUCUGAACCACCACCGGCCUAUCACAGAAGUCUCCACCAUAACCAAUCGACGACCUUCCACACGCAUAGCGGGGCUUGAUGGUGCCACCAUCGAAUCAUAUCCCAAGACUCAACUCGGUGAGAGCUGGGAAUUGCCUGUGCCUAAUGACAACAUUUGUCCAAUAUGCUUGUGCGAGUACCAGCCCAAGGAAGUUUUGCGGACCAUACCUGAAUGCAACCAUUAUUUUCAUGCUAAUUGUGUAGAUGAGUGGCUUAGAAGGAAUGCAACAUGCCCUUUUUGUCGAAAUCAACAAGAGAGAUAAAUAAAAAAAGUCAUUAAGUCAUUGAGA